AUGGCCGGGCGGCGGGGCGCGGGCGGAGCGGCCCCCUUGGCGGAGGCGCCGGGCUGCGGGCCCGCGGCGGAGCCGGCCCGGGAGCUGUUCGAGGCCUGCAGGAACGGGGACGUGGAGCGGGUUAAGCGGCUGGUGCGGUCCGAGAACGUGAACGGCAGGGACACGGCGGGCAGGAAGUCCAGCCCCCUGCACUUCGCCGCAGGUUUUGGUCGGAAGGAAGUAGUUGAAUAUUUGCUUCAGAGUGGUGCCAAUGUCCAUGCACGAGAUGAUGGUGGCCUCAUUCCUCUUCAUAAUGCCUGCUCUUUCGGUCACUCUGAAGUUGUCAAUCUUCUUUUGCGUCAUGGUGCAGAUCCUAAUGCUCGGGAUAAUUGGAACUAUACUCCUCUUCAUGAAGCUGCCAUUAAGGGCAAGAUUGAUGUCUGCAUAGUACUGCUGCAGCAUGGUGCUGAACCAGCCAUCCGUAAUACAGAUGGAAGGACAGCUUUGGAUUUAGCAGACCCAUCUGCAAAAGCAGUGCUGACUGGUGAUUACAAGAAGGAUGAACUCUUAGAAAGUGCCAGGGGUGGUAAUGAAGAAAAGAUGAUGGCUCUUCUUACACCAUUAAAUGUCAACUGUCAUGCAAGUGAUGGCAGAAAGUCAACUCCAUUACACUUAGCAGCUGGGUAUAACCGGGUUAAGAUUGUGCAGCUGUUACUACAGCAUGGAGCUGAUGUACAUGCCAAGGAUAAGGGAGAUUUGGUGCCGCUUCACAAUGCCUGUUCCUAUGGUCAUUAUGAAGUAACAGAACUUCUAGUAAAGCAUGGAGCAUGUGUGAAUGCUAUGGAUCUGUGGCAGUUCACUCCUCUGCAUGAAGCAGCUUCUAAGAACAGGGUGGAAGUGUGUUCUCUCUUGUUAAGUUAUGGUGCUGAUCCAACACUGUUGAACUGUCACAAUAAAAGCACCAUUGAUUUAGCCCCAACUCCUCAAUUAAAAGAACGAUUGGCAUAUGAAUUCAAAGGUCACUCCUUGCUACAGGCGGCACGAGAAUCAGAUGUAGCUCGCAUCAAAAAAUAUCUUUCUUUGGAAACAGUGAAUUUCAAGCAUCCUCAAACUCAUGAAACAGCAUUGCACUGUGCUGCUGCAUCUCCGUAUCCCAAGAGAAAGCAAGUCUGUGAAUUACUUCUGAGAAAAGGAGCCAACAUCAAUGAAAAGACAAAAGACUUCUUGACACCUCUCCAUGUGGCAUCAGAAAAAGCGCAUAAUGAUGUCGUUGAAGUUGUUGUGAAGCAUGAAGCUAAGGUUAAUGCAUUGGACAAUCUUGGUCAGACUUCUCUGCAUAGAGCUGCACAUUGUGGCCAUCUGCAGACAUGCAGAUUGUUGUUGAGCUCUGGAUGUGAUCCCUCAAUUGUUUCACUGCAGGGUUUCACAGCUUUACAAAUGGGGACUGAAAGUGUGCAACAAUUACUACAAGAAGGCAUCCCAUUAGGUAAUUCAGAUGCAGAUCGACAGUUGCUGGAAGCUGCAAAGGCAGGAGAUGUGGAUACUGUAAAAAAGUUAUGUACAAUUCAGAGUGUGAACUGCAGAGAUAUUGAAGGGCGUCAGUCCACACCACUUCACUUUGCAGCAGGAUAUAACAGAGUGUCUGUGGUUGAGUAUCUUCUUCAGCAUGGAGCUGAUGUUCAUGCAAAAGAUAAAGGAGGUCUUGUCCCUUUGCACAAUGCUUGUUCCUAUGGUCACUAUGAAGUAGCAGAACUGCUUGUUAAACAUGGUGCAGUUGUAAAUGUAGCUGAUUUGUGGAAGUUCACUCCCUUACAUGAAGCUGCAGCAAAAGGAAAAUAUGAGAUCUGCAAACUUCUAUUACAGCAUGGUGCUGACUCCACAAAGAAGAACAGAGAUGGAAAUACUGCUUUGGAUCUUGUUAAAGAUGGUGAUACUGACAUUCAAGACCUACUUAGAGGAGAUGCAGCUUUGCUAGAUGCUGCCAAGAAGGGUUGUUUGGCCCGAGUAAAGAAGCUUUGUUCACCGGACAAUGUAAAUUGUCGUGACACACAAGGAAGACAUUCAACACCACUACAUUUAGCAGCUGGUUACAACAAUUUGGAGGUUGCAGAGUACCUGUUACAGUAUGGAGCGGAUGUGAAUGCACAGGAUAAAGGAGGGUUGAUUCCUCUACAUAAUGCUGCAUCUUAUGGGCACGUAGAUGUAGCAGCUUUACUUAUAAAGUAUAAUGCGUGUGUGAAUGCUACGGACAAAUGGGCUUUCACACCUUUGCAUGAAGCAGCCCAGAAAGGAAGGACACAGCUUUGUGCCUUGUUAUUGGCACAUGGAGCUGAUCCUACUCUGAAAAACCAGGAAGGACAAACACCAUUAGACCUGGUCACCGCAGAUGAUGUUAACGCGCUGUUGACAGCUGCUAUGCCUCCUUCUGCGUUGCCAUCUUGUUAUAAACCUCAGGUUAUAAAUGUAUCUCAAACCACUGGACCUACGGCUGAUUCCCUGUCUUCCGUUCCAUCCAGCCCAUCCAGUCUGUCUGCUGCCAGUAGCCUUGACAACUUAUCUGGUAGCUUUUCUGAACUCCCUUCAGUUGUUGGUACAAAUGGUGCAGAGGGAGCAACUGUUUUAGAGAAAAAGGAAGUUGCAGGUGUAGAUUUUAGCAUAAAUCAGUUUGUGAGGAAUCUUGGACUUGAACAUCUGAUUGACGUAUUUGAGAGAGAGCAAAUAACACUGGAUGUAUUGGUUGAAAUGGGCCACAAAGAGUUAAAGGAAAUUGGGAUCAAUGCUUAUGGACAUCGGCAUAAAAUCAUUAAAGGAGUUGAGAGACUGAUCUCUGGACAGCAAGGUCUUAACCCAUACCUGACUUUGAAUACUUCUGGUAGUGGAACAAUUCUUAUAGAUCUCUCUCCGGAUGAUAAGGAAUUUCAGUCAGUGGAAGAGGAGAUGCAAAGUACAGUCCGAGAGCACAGAGAUGGUGGGCAUGCUGGUGGAGUGUUCAACAAAUACAAUUUUCUGAAGAUUCAAAAAGUUUGUAACAAAAAACUCUGGGAAAGAUACACUCACAGGAGGAAAGAAGUUUCUGAAGAAAACCAUAACCAUGCUAAUGAAAGGAUGCUGUUUCAUGGUUCCCCGUUUGUGAAUGCAAUCAUUCAUAAAGGUUUUGAUGAGAGACAUGCAUACAUAGGUGGAAUGUUCGGAGCUGGGAUAUAUUUUGCUGAAAACUCUUCCAAAAGCAAUCAGUAUGUAUAUGGAAUUGGAGGUGGCACUGGAUGCCCAGUUCACAAAGAUCGAUCUUGUUAUGUUUGUCACAGGCAGUUGCUGUUUUGCCGUGUAACAUUGGGCAAGUCUUUUCUGCAGUUCAGUGCAAUGAAAAUGGCUCAUUCUCCUCCAGGACAUCAUUCAGUUACUGGUCGACCUAGUGUAAAUGGACUGGCUUUAGCAGAGUACGUCAUUUACAGAGGAGAACAGGCUUAUCCAGAAUAUUUGAUUACUUACCAGAUUAUGAAACCUGAAGCCACCAUGGAAGCUUGAGGCAAAUUGCUUUUGGAAAUCAACAGAUCUGAACAUGAAGAUACCAAUACCUAACAUCUUCUAAAUUACACUGAAUUGAUGAAAAAUUUUUAUCCACAGGCAUUGUGGUAGAAAAUGUGAAAAAAAUCUAACAUUUUGACUUGAUAAAGCUUUAAUAAUGUACAGUAUGUUUUCUAAAAUUUCAAAAACUUCCUCUUUUUCAGCACUUUAACAGAUACCAUUCCAGGUAAACUGGGUUUGUCUGUACUAAAUUAUAAGCAUAAAUUAACUUGAACUAUGCUUUUUAUAUAAUACUACAUUGAAAUCUAGCAGAAACUAUAAUAUUCCACACAGGAAUUCAUUUUACUUAUACUGUGUUCUUUAAAACACUGCAUUUACACUGAAUACAAUUUCAUUUGUAAAACUGUAAAUAAGAGCUUUUGUACUAGCCUGGUAUUUAUUUACAUUGCUUUGUAAUAUAUGUGUUUUAGAACUGCAACCUUGUACAAAGUAUUUUUUUCCAAACAUUGCAUUGUUCAUCUAUGUUUCAUCAUACACGAUAAAUAGGAGAAGACUUUGAUUCCAGGGUUUGUCUUUUGGG